UCAAGCAGCAGUGGCUAUUUUCGGAAUACGUUUCGUACUACCAUGGAGGUUUCCCAUGGUUUGGCGGAAAUGGAGACUUUGAACCCUCAUCAGGCUGCGAGUUAUCUGAGAUAUGUGAAGGAAGGCAAAGAAGCAACUAGGAAUGGAGAGCUGGAAGAAGCAUUGAAACUUUUCAAUUUGGCAAAGGAUAUUUUUCCCACCAAAAAGGUGUUGAGCAGAAUCCAAAAAUUACAGGAAGCUUUGGAGCAGUUGGCAGAAGAAGAAGAUGAUGAAUUUACAGAUGUGUGUAACUCCGGCCUGCUGCUUUAUCGAGAACUAUAUGAACAACUCUUUGAGCACCAGAAGGAAGGCAUCGCCUUUCUCUAUAGCUUGUAUAAGGGCAGAAGAAAAGGAGGAAUCUUGGCAGAUGACAUGGGAUUGGGGAAGACUGUUCAAAUCAUUGCUUUCCUGUCUGGUAUGUUUGAUGCUUCACUUGUGAAUCAUGUGCUGUUGAUCAUGCCAACCAAUCUCAUUAACACAUGGGUCAAAGAAUUUGCCAAGUGGACUCCAGGAAUGAGAGUCAAAACCUUUCAUGGCCCCAGCAAAGAUGAGCGUACCAGAAACCUGAACCGGAUUCAGCAAAGGAAUGGCGUCAUUAUCACUACCUACCAAAUGCUAAUUAAUAACUGGCAGCAACUUGCAAGCUUUAAUGGCCAAGCAUUUGUAUGGGAUUAUGUCAUCCUUGAUGAAGCCCAUAAGAUCAAAAGUGCCUCUACCAAGUCAGCCAUAUGUGCUCGAGCUGUUCCUGCAAGUAAUCGCCUCCUCCUUACAGGAACCCCAAUACAGAAUAAUUUGCAAGAACUGUGGUCACUGUUUGAUUUUGCUUGCCAAGGCUCCUUGCUAGGAACAUUAAAAACUUUUAAAAUGGAGUAUGAAAAUCCUAUUAUUAGAGCAAGAGAGAAGGAUGCUACUCCAGGGGAAAAGGCCUUGGGACUUAAGAUAUCUGAAAACUUAAUGGAAAUCAUAAAACCCUAUUUUCUCAGGAGGACCAAAGAAGAAGUACAGAAGAAAAAGUCAGACAACCCGGAGGCCAGACUUAAUGAAAAGAAUCCAGGUGCUGAUCCCAUUUGUGAAAUGCCUUCCCUUACCAGGAAAAACGAUUUAAUCAUUUGGGUACGUCUUGUGUCUUUACAAGAAGAGAUUUACAGGAAAUUCGUGUCUUUAGAUCACAUCAAGGAGUUGCUAAUGGAGACACGCUCACCUCUGGCUGAGCUCGGCGUCUUAAAGAAGCUCUGUGACCAUCCUAGGCUGCUCUCUGCACGAGCUUGUCAUUUGCUGAACCUAGAGACUGUCAGAUUCUCUGCUCAAGAGGGAAAUGAGGAGGAAGAUUCCUCAGAUGUGAACAGCAUUGCUCACAUAACUGAUGAUGCACUGAUGCAAGAAUCUGGAAAAAUGAUAUUCUUGAUGGCCCUGCUGAAGAGACUGAGAGACGAAGGGCAUCAAACUUUGGUGUUUUCCCAGUCGAGACAAAUUCUCAACAUCAUUGAGCGCCUCUUAAAGAAUAAGCACUUCAAGACAUUGCGAAUUGAUGGCACAAUUACUCACCUUUGGGAACGAGAAAAAAGAAUUCAGCUAUUCCAGCAAAAUAAAGAAUACUCUGUUUUUCUGCUUACCACUCAAGUCGGUGGUGUUGGCCUAACGUUAACUGCAGCAACUAGAGUGGUCAUCUUUGAUCCUAGCUGGAACCCUGCAACCGAUGCUCAGGCUGUGGAUCGAGUUUACCGAAUUGGACAAAAAGAGAAUGUUGUGGUUUACAGGCUAAUUACUUGUGGGACUGUAGAGGAAAAAAUAUAUAGAAGACAGGUUUUUAAGGACUCGUUAAUCAGACAAACUACUGGAGAUAAGAAAAACCCAUUCCGCUAUUUCAGUAAACAGGAGUUAAGAGAGCUCUUCACAGUUGAGGAUUUGCAGAACUCUGUAACCCAGCUGCAGCUUCAGUCUCUCCAUGCUGCUCAGAGGAGAUCUGAUGAGGAACUAGACAAGCAUAUUGCCUACGUACAGUCUCUGGGCAUAGCAGGAAUAUCGGACCAUGAUUUGAUGUACACACAUGAUCUAUCUGUUAAAGAAGAACUUGACGUGAUAGAAGAAUCUCAGUAUAUUCAACAGAGAGUUCAGAAAGCUCAAUUCCUUGUUGAAUUUGAGUCUCAAAAUACAAUGGGAAGACAAAGAACUGGAAAUGAGGAGUUCAGAGCAUCUGUAUUUCCUUCUCAAACAAAGAAGAAAGGGCAUGAAUUGAACAAACCACAGUCUCAGCCUUCACCUCUUCUAACUCCAAGUCCUGCCCAGGAGGAGGAUAUCAGUUCUCACAUGGCCAGUGUAAGCAUUUAUGAUCAAUCCAGAGAGAGUGAGCCAGAGAGAGAGUCCAGAGAGAGUGAUGUCUCUGAGGUAAAGAAUCUUAGUGUGCUACAAGAUGAUAGGCACCAGCCUGAAAGUACAUUUGAUGCUGGCUCUACAGCUACUUUACCCCAGGGGCCUGGAAGUAUAGGAGGAAUUGGGACUGACUCUGUAUUGGGAAUAGCAGAAACGUUUGCAACUGAAAAUGAAGCUGUGCAAACGAAGGCUUUACAGGAGUUGCCUAAGCAAGAGACAUUGCAGGAGACCCUCCUGGGAAGUUUUAAUUAUUUAGCUAGCCAAUCUGGCAAAGUUGAUCUUGGGCCAAAUCUAGAUCUGCAGGAUGAAGAGAGUUUAUAUUACUGUGGUCCCCAGCCUGUUAAUCCCACAGUAAAUGAAAAUCAAAACACAAAAUCAGAUGUACCCAUCAUUGAAGUGUCUGAUGACUUCCCAGCAUCCCCUGGUGCACUUCAGGGUGCUCAAGCAAGUGAGGCCAAGAUGGAAAAUGACCUGUUAGCAUUGUCACCACAGUAUGCAUGUGAUUUCAAUCUUUUCCUGGAAGACACUGCAAAUGCUACACAAAAUCUCUCUGACCAGUCUUUGGAGCAUGUUGAGAAAAAAAAUAGCUUGCAUGGCUCUGCAGCAGAUUCUAGAGCAGAGUCAGCCCUUAAUCUCAGUGUGGAUUCUUCUGAGAAUGAUGAGCUGGAAGAAGAAUUAGUUAUUGUUAAAGCCAGAAGCAAAGCUAGAAGGAUCAUCUCAGAUGAUGAAGAUGAAAAUGAUGCUUUAAAAGGUACUUCCAGCACAAGUUCAUUCAGCACCUCUCCCUUUCAGUUCUCAUCUGUGAAACAGUUUGAUGCUUCAACUCCCAAAAAUGACACCAUUCCCCAUGGAAGAUUCUUUUCACCUAAAAUACCUGACAAUGUGAAUAAAUCUGUAAACUCUAGGAGAUCUCUAGCUUCUAGGAGGUCUCUGAUCAAUGUGGUUUUAGAUGACAUAGAAGAUAUGGAGGAAAAGCUUGACAACAGUAGUGACUCCGAGAGUGCUCAAGGUCGUUCGGAAGAAGAGAGCAGUGAUGAAGCCUUAGGGUGCACAGAAGAUCCUUCUGGGGAACCUCUGUCUUCAGAAAACAAGCCCAGCAGCUUGACUAUGCCUGAGCCUAGUUCUCUAGCUCCACAGAGUUCUCCUGAUGCCCCUGAGCCUUUGUCCAGGGAACCUUCAGUUGAUUGUCCUCAGGAUACAGCCGUAGAGGAGGCUACCAAUGACUAUGACACACUUGUAGCUCGUGGAAAAGAACUGAAAGAAUCUGGGAAAAUACAGGAGGCCCUCAACUGCUUAGUUAAAGCACUUGACAUAAAGAGUGCAGAUCCUGAAGUCAUGCUCAUGACUUUAAGUUUGUACAAGCAACUUAAUAACAAUUGAGAACUUUACAACCUGUUUAUUAUGUUUUAAAGUAAAACUGAAAUAAAGUUUUGUUUCCAUA